AUGGAAAACCUCUAUAAAAACCACCUAGGGCGGCGGGUGCUGCUAGCUUCGGGGAAGAAGUUAGUGGUGCAGACCACGGGCCAAACCUCUGAAGAUAGGACACGGGUGAGGACGCCUGUUGUCCGGGUGGAGCGCAUGGUGCUCAGGUCGCGUUCAACGACCCCUAAAGCGCCUGAAGAGAAGACAGUGGACAAAGCUAGCUGUGGCCUUACGGAGACGGACGACCAGUCUGACACAGGUAGCCUCAUCACAGUUUUGGCGGAAGCGCAAACUAACCCUGACAGCUCGGGUUCAGAUGCCGAAACAAAAAGAGGCCGCGGCAGGCCUCCUACUACAGGGCAAUACGUCAGCCUCGCCAAAACGAAGGAGGAGCUGAACCGCGCCAAAAGAGAGGAGCUCCGCCUUAGGGCGGAAGAAGAGGCAGCCGGUCUCGCGCAGUCGCUCUCGAUUCGCAGCCAGCCUGGCAGCGGCAGGAGAGUAGCGAGCCUGCUGCAAGACGAGGAGGAACACACUGUGGGCUCUCUGAUCGAGCAGGUGAAAACCAGCCUGAGGACAAUUGAUUUGGUGGCCUCAAAGUCCUCAAAUCUAAAGGGCACCUUUGUAAAAGCCCUCAAUGAAGCCGCCACGUCCAUAGGAGUUGCUUUCGAGGAGAUCAAAAAUCGAACGUCCUCGGAGGAAUCGCGGCGACUGCAGGCGCAAAACAACCGUCUGCGAGCGGAACUGAAGGAGCUCCGCUCCGAAAUGGAGCAGCUCAGAGCAGAACUCCGGGCUCAAUUUAGAAGACAAUCCCCGUUGCCGUCUCCGCCGAAGGAGCAGGCGCAGCCCGCCCGUUCCCCCGAGCGUCCCAACAUGGACGAUAUGGUGCGUGCCGUGACGGCUCAAGUGGGGCUGAUGCUUGACGCACGGUUUGGAGCUCUCGAGCUGGAGGGUAGGCUCCUGCCGGCCCAACCAAUGCGGCCCCCGUUGGCUGCUGACAGGCGACGACAAGCCGCACAGGCGGCUUCACAAGAAUUAGCGGCGGGGCCAGCGCCCGCAACUAAGACGACUGUAGGUGGACCCAAGUCGCCUUCAACCUCCACUCCGAGGCGAGGCCCUCCGAAUCUCACUGAAGAGCCCCAAAAGGGCAGUAAAACGAAAGGGAAGGGAAAAGGGAAGAAGAGCGUGGCCCCAACAGCGGCCAAGGCCACUACAAACCCAUCUUCUCCCUCAACCUCAGCUCCCCCUCCCCAGCCAUCAGUCCCUGCGUCCGUGAACGAAGGCUGGAAUGUGGUGACCCGAGGCAAGAAGAAGGCGACGGCAAAAUCGCGCCUAACGUCCAAGCCAGCGCCGCAGCGCCAAAAGGCCACCAAGCCUAAGCCGCGUAAACUCCGCCCGCCUCGCUCGGCGGCGGUAGUUCUGACGCUGCACCCGGACGCUGAAGGAAAAGGCGUAACGUACGCGCAGGUGCUUUCCAGGGCGAAAGAAAACAUUGACCUGGAGCAACUAGGCAUCACUGCCAUAAAAUUUAAGCGGGCAGCCACUGGCGCGAGAGUCCUUGAACUGCCAGGUGCAGCCAAUGGUGAGAAGGCCGACUCGCUGGCAAAAGAGCUGGCUGAAAAGCUGGGGGAGGACAUAGUUCGAGUCUCCAGGCCGGUAAAGUGCGCGGAGUUGCGCCUCACGGAGCUCGACGAUUCGGUGUCGCCUGGCGAGGUUGUCGCAGCGGUCGCUAAAGUCGGCGGCUGCGCAGAGGACCAGAUUAAGGCAGGAGAAAUCCGCCAAGAUGCCUCCGGCCUUGGUACAAUCUGGCUUCGCUGCCCGAUCACGGCAGCCAAAAAGGUGGUGGAAGCUGACCGUGGGCGAAUCCGGGUAGGAUGGGUCCGUGCCGCAGUGAAGCUGCUCGAUCAGCGUCCCAUGCGGUGCUACAAAUGCCUCGAAAAGGGCCACGUUAGGGCACAAUGCACCGGCGACGCUGAUCGCACUGAUCUGUGUUAUCACUGUGGCAAACCCGGCCACAAAGCAGCUGGCUGUUCUGCGUCACCACACUGCGUUGUCUGCGAAAGUGCAGGUAAAAAGGCGGACCAUAGGCUGGGCUCUAAGGCUUGUCUAGCUCCUGGCCCGAAAGCGAAGAGAAAGAAGGCUGAAACUGGCUCUCGGGCCAUAUCCCAGCCUUCCCAGCCAUCCAACAGCAGGUUGGACGCUCCGGAGGAGGAUCGAAUGGCCACUGAUUAA